UGAAGCUCUUUAGUUCAGAAUAACGAGGGUAAGUGUGAGCCAACAUGGCGUCCAAACGGUGCAGUUUCAUGAUAGUGGUUUGCCACGACGACGUAUAAUCCGAGAUUUCGAAAGUUGCAUCAAAAUAUACAAAGCUGUUGGUGUGUGUACAGCAUGGUGAGGGUGGUGUUUCUCCAUCCAGACCUGGGUAUUGGUGGAGCUGAGCGACUGGUGGUUGACGCGGCUGUAGCCCUGAAGUCUCGGGGUUGCAAUGUCCAGAUCUGGACAGCCCAUUAUGACCCAGCACACUGCUUCUGUGAAACCUUGGACCCAGACCUGGAAGUGGUAUGCGUGGGUGACUGGCUGCCCACUAAUGUGUUUGGCUGCCUGCGUGCCCUAUGUGCCUACCUGAGGAUGAUCUAUGUGGCUUUGUAUCUGGUAUUCUUCAGUGGGGUGGAGUAUGAUGUUGUCUUUUGUGACCAGGUGUCUGUGUGCAUCCCGGUGCUGAGGCUGUCUCGUCACAAGAAGAAGGUUCUGUUCUACUGCCACUUCCCAGAUCAGCUGCUGACUCAGAGGAAGUCUGCGCUGAAGAAGCUUUACCGGGCUCCCAUCGACUGGCUUGAGGAACGCACAACUGGCAUGGCUGAUAUGAUUCUGGUAAACAGCCAGUUCACUGCAGGCGUCUUCAAAGAGACCUUUCGUAGUUUAGAAGGACUUCAGCCAGACGUUCUCUAUCCAUCCCUCAACACAACCACCUUUGACCAGCCUUCUUCUGAUGCACAGGGCCUUGGAGGGCUAGUCCCUGAGGGAACCUCUUGCCUUUUUCUCUCUUUGAACAGAUACGAACAAAAGAAGAAUCUGGGCCUGGCUCUGCAGGCGCUGGCAGUCCUAAGGAGCAGCCUACCUUCAGACCAAAGAGCAAACAUUCACCUGGUGGUGGCAGGGGGCUAUGACGAAAGAGUUACAGAGAACAUCCAGCAUUAUGCUGAGCUAAAAGAUCUGGCAGCACAGCUCCGCAUAGAGGAUGUCGUUACAUUCUUGCGUUCCCCCUCUGAUUCUGUGAAAGUGGCUCUGCUGCGAGACAGCACAGCGGUACUGUACACCCCAAGCAGAGAGCAUUUUGGGAUAGUUCCCAUAGAGGCCAUGUACUGCUGUUGCCCUGUAAUUGCAGUGAACUCUGGGGGCCCACUGGAGAGCGUAGCAGAUGGAGAGACAGGCUUCCUGUGUGAUCCAACAGCAGAGGCCUUCUCUCAGGCCAUGGAGAGGCUUGUCAAGGAGCCCAAACUGUGCAGGGACAUGGGACAAGCUGGGAAGAGGAGGGUACAAGAAAAGUUUUCUCUUCAGGCUUUCUCAGACCAGCUACAUGGGUACAUUGUUCAGCUGAGUCAGUAAUGAAAGGCAAGAGACAGAAGAAGACAUCUAAACAUUAUGGUCUACUGAACUACACAUACACACAUACAGUUUAGUCUGUUCAGGCAGAAAGAAAGAUGAAAACAGAAUCGAGAGCUCUAACUAUUAAUCACUUUAUUUAAUUGCCAACUAUUUUGGUAAUUAAAUU